GGUGUCUGACUUGGCUGUCUUCCACAGGACAUGGGAGGCUUAAAGAGGAAACAUUCUGAUGUGGAAGAGGAGGAGGAAGAAGAUGAGAGGUGGGACUGGAAUCCAACAGCUCUUCGGAGCUACCAGCAAGCCCUGCUUCGAAUCUCUCUGGACAAAGUCCAGCGCAGCCUGGGCCCCAGAGCGCCCAGCCUCCGCAGGCACGUCCUCAUCCACAACACACUCCAGCACCUCCAGGCUGCCAUCCGCCUAGCGCCGGCGCCGGCCCUGCCCCCAGAGCCUCUCUUCUUAGGCGAGGAAGAUUUCUCCCUCUCUACCACCAUUGGCUCUAUCCUCCGGGAGCUGGAUACGUCCAUGGACGGGAUGGAGCCGCCUCAGAAUCCGGCGGCUUCCCCGAGUCCCCAGAACGAAAUGAUGGACCAGUCUGAUCCUGUGUUCUUAGAAGCUCUGAGCUCCCGGUACCUGGGAGACACGAGCCUGGACGACUUCUUUCUGGACAUUGACACGUCUGCGGUAGAAAAGGACUCUGCACUCCCACCUCCCGAGCCUCCUCACGGCCUCUUCUGUGCCCCGGGAUCCUGGGAGUGGAAUGAAUUAGACCACAUCAUGGAGAUCAUCCUAGGAUCCUAAGGCUGAUGGGAUCCAUCCUGGCAUCGGCUCCAGCGGGCUGGGUCCUUGGAUGUGACUCUUGUGUGUGUGUUUGGCAGAGGCUCCACACAGUGAUCGGGGCCUCCUCCCCUCCUGUGUCAGGAUUCCACAAACUGUCCCGCACGUGUGCGUCUGUCUGGUUUACCCCAGCCUUCCGUGAAGGCGGGUCUUCCUGAAUUAAUUUAUCUCUUCCAAAUGGCCUUAACGAGACUCUUGUUUCAGGGAGUCUGAUUUCUCACACAUUUCUUCUGCUUCCAGUCAGUUCCCAC